AUGAAAAUUCUCCAGGCACCUGAUCGAUCGACAUUUGAAAAAUUGACAUAUUUAUUAAUGAAGAUGUCUAAUCUACAACGUCUUAAAUAUAGAAUAUGUUUGGGUUUUGUAGAGAAGAAUGAAAAUAUAGCUGAUUAUUUAAAUGGUCGAGAAUGGGACCUUAUUCGUACGCAAUUUGGUCAUCUUCAAGAUUUCGACUGCACAAUAUGGACUGAACGAAUAUCAUGCAAUGUUAAUAAUAUAUCUCAACAAAUAAUUGAAUCGUUUUCACAAUUUUCUGGUUGGUUUGUUGAAGUAUUUCAAACAAAUUCGAACAAUUCGUACAUAUGCGUAUAUACGAAAACGCGAAGAUUAUUUCAUUUGGACAUAGAUCAUGAUAUGUUAAGAAAUCUAAAUGGACAUCAAAUAGCGACAUUGAUUGAUGGAGCUUCAUCCAUAUAUAUGUAUACUGUUCGUUCAUGUGAUGGCGAUAAAAAUGCAAUGGAAUAUUCACCUUUGGUUUUACCUGAUCGAAUCUUUUCUAAAUUAAAUUCUAUAAAAGUAGGUGCUGAUUGUUACAUGGAUUUUAAUAAGCGUUUAGAAUCUUUUCUAAAACAACUUUUCUCUCGAACUCCAAAUCUGACGUCUAUCGAUAUAAGCAGCCAUGGUAGUGGAGAUGACUACAAUGAUAUUUCGGAUGUCUUAAGUUGCAUGGAAAAACCGUCAAAAACAAUUAAAAAUUGUAGAUUUUCGGUAAAAGCUUGUUAUGAUGAAUCUCGUAUGGCAGAGGUGAUAUUUUAUUUACCAAUGUUAACAUCCUUGAGAAUAGAAAUAAUUUAUUCUCUUGAAGAAUUUGUCGAUAUUGUAAACACAUGUUUCAUUCAUUCGAAGCAUUUACUUUAUUUGGAACUUAGUCUACCAUGGGAUCUUAUCUAUUCAAAAGAAUCUGAUAUAAAUAACAAGAAUAUUCAAUUAUGGCUAAAGGAAAAUACUCUUUUAGGUGACUCGGUGGUUGGAAGAGAAUUUCAUGCAGUUAUUGAUCAUCACGUCAAAAUUUGGCUUUGA